AUGCGCAUGAUGCCAGCUUUCUCCAUCCAGGCCUUCUACCAAAGGGAGGUGUCAACCACACCCAACAAUGCUUUGAGAGAUAGCAUGAUGCAACCGCCAGACGAUGGUUUCACCCAAGCAGAAGUUGAGUCGGGUCAAAACCCCCUCGGCCGCCCCUGGAACCCGUCUGGAGAGUACUCAGAGGUGCAUAUUGGGCACAUUCAGCCGGGCCCAAAUCGCAUCUGCUUCACCGGCCGCAUCGUCAAUUAUGUGCCAGCUUUCCUCGUUUCCAAGGUUACUUACAGCCGCCCAGCACACCAGCUCAUUGUCGUUGAUGGCACCGGUGCCAUUGCGGUGAAGCUCGUUCCAAUUGGGAUUCCGGUAUCUCUUCUUGUCAUAGGACAGCUCGUCACCAUCUGGGCCACUUGGGCGGGAAUCACAGGAGGCUCAAACCAUCUUCGAAUUCCUUAUGUUACCAUGUAUACGCCCAUAAACCCUACAGAGGUGGGCACGAAGCAGUUCAUCCAAUUCCUUCCCGAUACUGCCGAGAACCAAAGACUCUGUCGUACGCCCAUCGAGUGCGAUCGAGACCAGCAGGAGCCGAAACCACUCCCAGGCUUGAUGACCCUUUGCCAGUACCUUAAGACAGGACACGAUAUUUCUGGGGCUCGAAUCAUUGUCUGCGUCAAAAGCGUUGGAUCUCGAAGACGCAUAAUAACGCGAGACCUAGCACGAGAGGCAGAACUCAUCGAAGUCACCGUUUGGGACGACACCGCCAGCUGCGUGUUGACUCUAUGGGAUGACAAGGCCGACUCAGCCAAAUUCUGGAAGCCCAACGAGACCAUUCUACUCUUUACGAGUCCGAAGUUUGUAUCUCCACGUGACAGCAAGCCAACCCCGACAAACGCCGGCAUCAGUUUAAGCUAUAAUACCCUGGUUGAUGUCGAUCCGGACUUCCAGGAUGCCAAGUGGCUUCGACAGUGGGUGAAGAACAGAGUCAAGAAGGAUACCGUGUGCGUGCCAUUUCCAAAAGAUAUCUGGAAUGCAAAAGAGGCCGUUUAUGGACCAGUCCGGGCGCUCUUCACCCUGGCCGAGGUGGAUGACUUCGCCCGCGCAGACCCGGCCAGUGACUUCACCGGCAAGCUGAACCUCGCCAUACUUGGUACAGACCUACUGGGUCAUAGUCGCAGAAAGAUGCUUUGCUGUACGGAGUGUUGUGGAGUUCCCCUAUAUGCAAACCAAACGUCCGCGACAUGCAAAAACUGCCUGAAGGAGCGAUCUCUGGUCCUUAACCCCCGAAUCAUGGGUAUCCUGGCAGACGAGACGGGCUGCGUCGCGCAGGGGAAGCUUGUAUGGAGUGACCAGGCCUGGAGUGAGCUCUUUUUCCCCGCCGUCGAGUCGAGCGAUAUGGCGAACCUGGAGCCCGAAGCAGCGGGCGACGCGAAGAUAUUUUUUCCCUCUACUUGUCCCGUCGCUUCUUGGACAGAACUCACCCUGAAGGACCCCAGUGGGCUCAGGAUCUUGGAGGAGCAAAUGCUGUACGCCCGUUUGACUUUGACAUUCGGCUAG